AUGAAGCGCAAAACCAAUAACCUUUCCAAACGUCGGUCAAAGCCGACGCUCAAAGUCACGACCGGCUCGAACGGUCACACCCAUGACGAAAUGAAUUCCAACAUCGAAAUGCGCAAGCGGGAUACUUCCGCCGAAUCCUCCCCAUCCGCGCAAGCAAACCGUUUCAUGUCCAGAACCAGCUUCUCCCUUGACCAUGAUCCGCCUAUAACGCCCCAGACACCUAAGAUGACAACUACAAGCUUCAGCGAUCUUCCUCCAACUGACAAGAAAAACUUUUUGGUGCUAUGUCUUCUAUACUUCCUUCAGGGAGUUCCCAUGGGGUUGGCCACAGGAUCGGUCCCGUUUUUGCUAAAGCCGUACCUCUCCUACGGACAGAUCGGUGUCUUUUCGCUAGCGUCCUAUCCGUACUCGCUCAAGUUACUUUGGAGUCCCAUUGUGGACGCUGUAUGGAGUCGCCGGUUCGGCCGCCGGAAGAGUUGGAUCACGCCUAUCCAGGUCAUUGCUGGGCUGGCUAUGAUUUACCUCGGAAAACAUAUUGAAGACAUGAUGAAACAGGCCGGCGCGAACGGCGGAGCUGGUGUAUGGAAGUUUACAUACUGGUGGUUCCUACUGGUGUUUUUUUGUGCAACCCAAGACAUUGCCGUGGAUGGGUGGGCGAUUACUCUGAUGUCGACGCCGAACAUUUCCUACGCUUCCACUGCCCAGACUGUCGGCUUGACCGCGGGUCAUUUCCUGUCGUACACCGUUUUCCUCGCCUUCAGCUCGAAAGACUUCGCAAACCGUUGGUUCCGAUCAACUCCAGCUGAAGGUGGCCUUCUGUCGCUUGGUACCUACCUUACAAUUUGGGGGUGGGUGUAUCUCAUCGUGACCACCGGUCUUGCCGUUAUGAAGAAAGAAGACCAUGUUUCCGAGCGCGACAGUAUCUCGGCUGUUUACCGCAGCAUGUGGAGUGUUCUGAAGCUCAAGAACGUCCAGGCCAUUAUCUUGGUGCAUUUGAUUGCCAAAAUUGGCUUCCAGGCCAACGAUGGGGUUACCAGCCUGAAGCUUCUAGAUAAGGGUUUCGGUCAGGACAACAUGGCUCUAGUGGUUCUUAUCGAUUUCCCCUUUGAAAUAGGACUAGGCUACUACGCUGGUAAAUGGUCGACGGAAUACACUCCCAUGCGGCUCUGGUGCUGGGCCUUCGUCGGACGACUCGCUGCAGCUGUUUUAGCCCAGUUUACCGUCAUGAUCUACCCGGCAGCUGCUGAAGUUCCAACUUGGUACAUAUUCACAGUCAUUGUCGAGCAUGUCGCCUCGACAUUCAUGAGCACAGUCAUGUUUGUGGCCGUAUCCGCUUUCCACGCUCGCGUCUCCGACCCCGCCAUUGGGGGUACCUAUAUGACGCUACUAGCAACGGUUUCAAACCUAGGCGGUACAUUCCCCCGCUACUUCGUCCUCAAACUUGUCGACAUGUUCACCCAGGCCACCUGCGUUCCACCAAGUCAAACCCCUGCGCCAGACUCCCUGAAGGGUGAUUUAAUCACAUCUCCUUUCUCAUGCGCUCUUGAGCCUGAGAAGAACCGCUGUGUUGCCGGUGGAGGCACAUGCGAUGUAACUCGAGACGGCUACUAUUUGACGAACAUCUUUUGUGUGCUGGUUGGAACCGUCACGUUUAUCAUGUUCAUCAAACCCGCUGUUCUGAAGUUGCAGGGUCUACCAUUGCGGGCCUGGAGGUUGACGUCUGGAAAUUCCAGAAAUUAA